AAUCUCCUUACCUCCACGGUAUACCAGCAUGUCCUACGAAAAUACCUACCUAACUGUUAAUAGCCCCUCCUUUGGCCGUCUUCCGGUCUCCUUCCCCUCUGCUUCUGCGAUGACACCCCCUAUGAUGCCCAUCAUCGGGUAUCCCGGUCAACAGAUGAUGAUGGCAAGUCUAUCGCCUCAUCCUCAAUCGCCCAUGGCAAGCGCUCCUGUCAUAGAUAAACUUAAUCCACCACCUCGAAGAACCGGAGUUUGCAAGUUUUUCAACGUUGGAAAAGGCUUUGGAUUCAUUAAGGAUUCAAGACCCGAGGAACUGCCUGUCUUGACGGGAGAUCCAGGAACUGAUAUCUUCGUACAUUAUUCUUGCAUCGUUUCGUGUGAUGCGCCAUACAAAUCUCUACUCGACGGAGAGGUAGUCGAAUACUACCUCGGGCGUAGCAACAAAGGCUUAGCCGCUCUUGAAAUUACGGGUCCUGGCGGCGUAAACGUCAAAGGUUGUAUGAACUCCCGCUCCCCAACAGUUCUUCAACCCAUGCCCAAUUUUUCUGGUCCCAUUAGAAUGAUCAGCGCCCCUGUCACCUUCGGGCCGAAUCACUCCCCCAACCCCUCACCGAUGGCAUCACCUGCGUUCGAUUACAACACUUCUCUCGGAUGGUCCAUGCCGAUGAGCGGUGCACAAACUCUCGGGGUCCACUCGAACACCGCUGGCUACUCCCUCGCAGUCGGUAUGCCUCUCGCUUUGAAUCAGCAUCUACGAAGGGAAACAACGGAGUCUCUCGGUGUCCCCAACAACGACGCAUCAGCAAAAAUGUACCGAGUCUCCUCCACUCCGAUUUCAGCCCCAGGCUUUGGCUCGACUCACAUAAAAGGCUUCCGUGAAAGUGCUAACAUGGCUAACCUUGGUGUGGGAAUCGGGAUUGGGGUCCACUGGGAGCCUAAAUCUCGAGGCAAACCUGUCCAAUGGAGUCCUCCUGGUGCACCUGGCGAAGCUAUUGGCCAAGAACUGUCACAAUCGCACGGAAGGCGCGUAGGCCAGAUCGCGGCGACCGAUCGAACAAAGUCCAACUGGAGAGGCGAGGACAUCAAACACCGUAUCGUUAGCCUCGAAAUCAAUGGCUCACGCGCUUCCCCCUAAUCACCCUGAAUCGACCAUGCACUCUUCGAAGUCAAUGGGUCACCCGUUUCACCCUAAUAUCGCUUAUGGAUAUACUUUCCCUACCAAAUUUCUUGAUCAAAGUCUAUUCAGACUCUGCUGUAUCCAAUAAUUCUGAGGUUCCUUCUUUUAAUUCUCUCUGAUCUCG